GCGCAGCGUCCUCAAUCCGGAAAUUUCUAACCGAGACAGAGCUUCCAAAUGGCGGCGGCGUUUUUGCCGGUGACCUCUCUCCGUUUGACGCCACUAUCCACUCUCCGGCUCCUCUCCUUCUUCCCCAAAUUUAAUACGCGCCCUUCUUCUCUCCCUCGCCGGCUUCUCCCGUUAUUUGGAGGUUCUUCGGCGAGUGCUCGCCUGCGUUGCUUAUGCAGCGCGUCUCUCAGUUCCGGAGAUGGGAGGAGAGUGGAAAGUAAAGUUGGAGAAUUUAGGAGGAAGUUGAGGAUUGCGGACAUAAAGGGGGGAUCCGACGAAGGACUGGGUCGGGUCGGGCAGACACUGAGAGUAAUGGGUUGGGUGCGGACUCUCCGGGUUCAGAGCAGCGUCACCUUCAUCGAGAUAAAUGACGGUUCAUGCCUCUCAAACAUGCAAUGUGUUUUGAACUCGGAUGCAGAAGGGUAUGAUCAGGUAGAAUCCGGUAUGGUCUUGACCGGAGCUUCCAUAUCAGUACAAGGAACUCUCGUGGCUAGCCAGGGAUCAAAACAAAAGGUGGAACUAAAGGCCGAGAAGAUUGUUGUGAUUGGCAUAUGCGAUGCUUCGUAUCCAAUUCAGAAGAAACGAGUUAGCAGAGAAUUCUUGAGAACCAAGGCUCAUUUACGUCCAAGAACAAACACUUUUGGGGCGGUUGCAAGAGUGAGGAAUGCUUUGGCAUUCGCUACGCACAAUUUCUUUCAAGAAAACGGGUUCAUCUGGGUGUCAAGUCCGAUUAUCACAGCUUCAGACUGUGAAGGAGCAGGAGAGCAGUUCUGUGUCACAACUCUGAUACCAAGCUGCAAUGAGACCACAGAUUCAUCUGUUGACACAAUUCCGAAAACAAAGGAAGGGUUGAUCGAUUGGUCAAAGGACUUCUUUGGGAAACCAGCUUUCCUGACUGUCUCAGGUCAACUCAAUGGAGAAACAUACGCUACUGCUCUUUCAGAUGUAUACACAUUUGGUCCAACAUUUCGAGCUGAGAAUUCCAACACUUCCAGGCACUUAGCUGAAUUCUGGAUGAUUGAACCAGAACUUGCGUUUGCGGACCUGGAAGAUGACAUGGCCUGUGCUACUGCCUAUCUCCAGUAUGUAGUUCGACACAUUCUAGAUAAUUGCAAGGAAGACAUGGAUUUCUUCAAUACUUGGAUAGAGAAAGGGAUCGUUAACCGCUUGAGUGAUGUUGCAGAGAAAGACUUUAUACAGCUCACCUACACCGAUGCCAUUGAGCUUCUUCUGAAAGUAAACAAGAAAUUUGAAUUCCCGGUGAAGUGGGGGUGUGAUCUACAGAGUGAGCAUGAACGCUACAUAACGGAGGAAGCAUUUGGGGGACGACCCGUCAUCAUCAGAGACUACCCAAAGGAGAUAAAGGCGUUCUACAUGAGGGAGAAUGAUGAUGGGAAGACAGUUGCAGCCAUGGAUAUGUUGGUGCCUCGGGUAGGGGAGUUGAUAGGAGGGAGCCAAAGGGAGGAGAGGCUGGACUGCUUGGAAGCUCGGCUCGACGCUUUAAACCUGAGCAAAGACAGCUACUGGUGGUACCUCGACCUCCGCCGCUUUGGUUCAGUUCCCCACGCAGGGUUCGGUUUAGGGUUUGAGAGAUUGGUUCAAUUCGCCACCGGCGUUGACAAUAUCAGAGACGUCAUCCCUUUCCCUCGCACACCUGGUUCUGCCGACUUCUGACAAGCGAUGUAUUCUCUCAUUCUAUUCUAUUUUGUAUCGUAAACAAGAAUAAUAAUCAUUUUUUUUAAAAAUUAUUUCAUACGGAAAAUGCUGUAAUGUAUGCAUCAAUUAUUACAUUGCUUGACAUUGGGUUGGAGUAA